AUGUUGAAAGUUAUCUUGUGUUUAUCGUUGGUGAGUUCAACUUGGUGUUUAACACCGGAAUUGAACGAAGAAUGGGAACAAUUCAAAGCAGAUUACGUUAGAGAUUACAAAUCGGAUUUAGAAGAAAGAGAGAGAAGAGAAAUUUGGGAAGCCAAUUAUGAUUAUAUCAAUGAACAUAAUAAACUAGCAGAUUCUGGUCAUCAUACUUUCUGGUUGGGUGUUAACAAAUUUGCAGAUAUGACUAAUGAGGAAUUCAGAAAAGUUCAUAACACAUACCGGAAAACAGUUCAUAAACUAACGGAAUCUAUUUCCAAUAGGAGGGCAGAUAUCACAGAACUUCCUACAGAAGUUGAUUGGAGAAAGAAAGGAUAUGUCGGACCAGUUCCUAAUGAGGGACAAUGUGGUGCUUGUUGGGCAUUUUCCGCACUUGGUGCCCUCGAAGGUCAACAUUUCAAGAAAACAGGAAAGUUGGUUACUUUAUCAGCACAGAAUCUUAUGGAUUGUUCACAAAAAGAAGGUAAUUACGGCUGUGAAGGAGGUUUAAUGGAUUCAGCAUUUUUAUACAUAAAGAAAAAUAAUGGAGUAGAUACAGAAGUGUCUUAUCCUUAUAAAGCUAUGAACGGUAAAUGCCAAUUCAAAAGAGCUGACGUUGGUGCUACAUUAUCCCGUUAUGUUGAUAUACCAAAAGGAAACGAGCAGGCUCUACAGAAGUCAAUAGCGGAAGUUGGUCCUAUCAGCACAGCUAUUGAUGCGUCCAACCCAUCGUUUCAGUUUUAUACUAAAGGUGUUUACUAUGAACCAAAUUGCAAAAGUGACCAGUUAGAUCAUGCAAAUGUAGCAACUGGUUAUGGUGUUUAUAAUAAUACUGAAUACUAUAUGGUUAGAGAAGUAUUUGGAUUAGACUAUGGUAUGAAUGGGUAUAUAAUGAUGUCUAGAAAUAGGAACAAUAAUUGUGGUAUAGCUACAGCUAGUAGUUACCCUAUUGUUUGA